GUUCUAUUUUUCAAAUUUUGAUAUGGUUGAGUUUAUCUAAAGAAUACUGUUGGAAAAUUUAAUUUUGGACAAUUUUGAAUUUCGUACUCAUUGUAUUUUUAAUCAUUGAAGAAUAAAAAAGAAAAAUGUCUUAUGAGAAAGAAAAUAGAUUGUCAUCAUUUAAGUUAUUAAAUGAAGAAAAUGAAGUAUCUCCAGUUACAAAUUUGACUAAUAAUCUUGGUAAUUUAUCAACUUUCAAUUUUAUGGAAACACCAAGAAGAAUUUUGACUUUUACGGAUUCUCCUAAUAUAAAAUUCUCGCAUUAUUCCAAUGCAGUUCAAGGUAAUAAUUCUCCACUAAGUCUUAAUUCUCCAGGAAAUCAAGAAAGAGUUUUUCGUGUUAUUAACAUCGAUAAUGAGGAAAAUAAAGCUAAAGGCUGUUCCAAUAUACAAUCUCAUCAUCCAUAUUCAGUAAGCAAUAUAUGA